AGUUCGCCUGCUCUCGCCACACGAGGACGUCUCACGUAGUUCCCUUCGGCACCUGUAUACACUCAACGGGGUACGCACACGCAACACCGCCACUUCCCUUCUCUCCCUCCCCCAUCGCCUCGCUUCCGUGAGUUUCAAUCCGGCUGCAAAACUAUCACUCAGCUUCGUCUUCCUCGUCAUCGUUCUUCUCGCUCACUCGCCUUCUUCUUUCUUUUCCCUCCUACUUGGCGUCUUGAAGGAGCGUGUCCGUGUCCGUGUGUGCCUGUUAUUCAACCUCGCGCCUGAGAGCUGCAUUGUUGCCGUCCAUUCGGUCCUUGUCCACAUCAUCGCCUUCCCUUCGCAUUUCGUCUCUUCGCGAUUCCUUCUCUCUUCCCCCUCUCUCCCACUUCUUUCUGUGGACGGCGGGAAAUCGAAGAAGACCGCGCUUGCUCACCGGGCCGUCGACGCUCCCCCGUGAGUCCUGCACAUCGCCCAUUCACCCCUUUUGCUUUGCUUGCUCCUGUGAAGGUCCUUCUCUUCUGGCUGCCUCAGCACCCACACGCCCCUGCCCGUCUCUCGUGCCACCCCCGCUUCUCUCACUCUGCGGUGAUUCUAUCUCCUGCCUGCUUGCGUGAAUACAAUAAAUAAGAAAAGGAGAAAAGGACAGCAAAGAUGGCCACCAACGCCACCGCCACCGCCACCACCGGUGCGCCGCGGAUCGACGACCCCAGCCGCCAACCAAUCAGCUCGAACCACGACCUUGGCCGCUUCCACGCCAAGUACCAAGACGCGAACGACAGCCGUCCGCUGCAGCCAUACGAGGCGGCGGCGGCGAACUCAUCGCCGAGUCAGCCGUGCCCUGCCAGUCGCCCUCCCCGUCGCCACGCGCAGCGGUUGGAGGCGAAGCGCCAGCUUUUCCGCGAGCUGCAGGACUUGGAGUUCGCGGUCCUGACGAAGCCGCACAAGUGGGCGAACCCUGGUCCCGUCGGCCUCCUCGGCUUCGGCAUGACGACGAUCCUGCUGAGCCUGCACAACACCGGCCACUUCAAGUUGGACACCGUCGUGCCGGGCAUGGGCAUCUGCUUCGGCGGCGGUGCACAGCUGAUCACGGGGCUGCUGGAGUGGGUGCGCGGCAACACCUUCGCGGCUGUCGCCUUCGUGACUCUCGGAGACUUCUGGUUGACCCUUGUGUGUGUCUGGAUGCUGCCGAACGCGAGCUUCAAGUCGUGGAGCGGCAUCGAGGCCUCGAGUGAGUACUUCGUCGGUGCCUACCUCAUCGUCUGGGGGGUGUACCUGUUCUUCAUGACCCUCUGCACCCUCCGCAUGAACGUCGCCAUCUUCCUCGUCUUCCUGACUGUCACGCUGCUCUUCCUGCUGCUCGGCGGCGGCAACAUGACGAACAACGCGACGGCGCUGCGGGCGGCCGGGUACGAGGGGAUCGUGUGCGGGUGUCUCGCGAUGUACCUCGCCUUUGCGGAGCUGCUGAAUGAAGUGUGGGAUCGUGUGCUGCUGCCGGUGUUCCCGAUGACGCAGGUGCUUGGCUGGUUCGGCGCGAACAAGGCGGACAAGGAGAAGAACUUCAAUGAGAGCUCGAAGCACGGCACGGAGUCGGUGGAGAAGGCGAUGCUGAAUAAGGAUGCAGAUUUGGUGUAG